AAGCUUCUUCUCUUACUGAAGAAAGAUAAGGAGAAACGAACAAACACCAUGACCUUUCGUGCUAAUUUUAGCACUUUUAGUGAUAUCAAUAACUGCACAGUCGAGUUUGAUGGAAUUUCUCCAAAUGAAAAUCUUCCUGUAUCUAUUUUUCAUAACGUUGUCAACAUUCUUUCAAUCCCUGUUGCAACAGUGGCGAACUUUUUUGUUCUGUGGGCCAUAAAAGAGAGACCUUCGUUGCAUACACCAUCUUCAGUGUUUCUGUUUGUACUUGCGCUCUCCGAUUUUGCAAUUGGUGUCUUCAUUCAACCGUUGAUUCUCAUGAGAUCUUUUGGCGCGUUGACCCAUAAUAUUCGCUUGUACUGCACGUCCAGCGUUAUAAUUCUACCUGUGGGUAUCACCCUCGCUGCAGUGUCCUUCGUCAACAUAACAGAGAUAAGUUUGGAUCGAUACCUGGCAUUAGUACUACAUCUACGAUAUCCCUCAAUCAUCACUGUGAGACGUGUGGUCACGUUUAAAAUCAUUACAUCCGUUGUGUUCUUGCCAAUGUCGAUUUACUUCUGGUUCUCGGAGGAGUGGUUCCGUAUGACAGCUCUUUUAGUUGGGAUCACAUUGGCAGUUAUCUGCAUCGCACUCAUUCCCUUCUCAUAUUAUCAAAUUUUCAAAAUAUUGCGACGGCACAAAAAACAGAUACAGAAUCAAAACAACGUAGCUACAUGCAUGCAAGGAUUUUCUGAAAAUGAAAUUUCCAAGUACAGAAAAUCCGUAUUUGCGAUUCUCUACGUUCUUGGCGCAGUCACCUUAAGUUACAUACCAUGUGGAAUAUGUGCGUGGAUGCAGAUAAUGUUCCAUAUGGAGAUAAACGAGUUUGUGAUUAGUUCUGCAGGACUAUUGGUGUUACUGAACUCUUCAAUAAAUCCUCUUGUCUACUGUUGGAGGAUGACUGAAAUUCGACGGUUUGUGUUUAUGAAAUUACGUUGCGUGUUUAACGUGGAUCGUGCAACACAAGUUCGACCAGUUGGAAAAAUUACACGCUGAGGGAGCACGCAGAAGUAUACCCCAUUCGGAGCAUCAGCAACCUCUUACGUCUCCACCAGCCAUUGAUAUGAACAGAAUAUCCUAUUUCCAAAACUUUCCUAACCAUUAGAUUUUACAUGAUCAACGGCAAAGUUCGCUUUAAAGUAAAAGUAAUUAUCUAUCCUUGGAACUUUUAAACAACACUUCUCGACGUUUCCAGAUGGUCUCUUGAAUUUCAGGGAAAAAUGGAAUCCCUGUGUUGUACCAAGACACUAUACCCUACGUAGAUGCGUUAAACUUAAUUUUCAUAAUAGGAG